UGUACAUAUGUGCAUAUCUCAAAUUCAAGGUUGCGUCGGAGUAGUUGCAAGACGGACAGUCAACUUUAAUUGGAGACAGUAAAAUUAACCACGUUUCAUAUAAUUGUCUUUGUUUAAAAAAACGGCAAACUACAAUAUGACACAUCUCAUUUGAGGUCCUCUGCAGACAAAGCCGAGAGAUUCCCCUGAUCAUGCAGGUGUUUGUAGAAUUUCAUUUGCGUGUGACGCAAAAUCAGAGCUGAGUGCGUGCCAGUUCUGACAGGUCCGGACUAUAAAAGUCCUGCAGCCGGCCGGUCUUUGAAGACAUCCUCUCAUAGGGUACUUGAAGGACCACAACCUAAGCAAGAGGAGAAAAGCAUCUCAGCGAAUUAACACCAGCUUCCAGGAGCAAACUAAGUAUAACGGUGUUGCUCAGAUUUCUGCUGGUCGGACAUGAAGCUCCCGUUCCUUGUCUCCACCGUGGUUCUGCUCGUUGCCUUCCUACCUCGUUAUGAAUGUAGAGCUAUCGAAACCCCCGGCGCUGCCCAAGCAGCGCCUGGUCCGCAGUCUGACCUACAGCAGCAGUCUCUUCCCAUCCUUCUGCGACUAGGAGAGGAGUACUUCGUUCGCCUUGGCAACGCGAACCAGAAUCUCCCCGCGCUCGCGUCCGCGGACGCGUCCUCGACGACCGUCAAACGGGCGCUUCAGCUGCAGCUCACCCAGCGUCUGUUGCAAGGCAAAGUUGGCAACAUCAGUCGGUUCAGGAGCAGUUACGCUGACCAGCUCGAUGACUCAAUGGAACGAGCAAAGCGGGGCGAGGAGCCCCCUAUUUCCCUGGAUCUGACAUUCCACCUGCUCCGAGAGGUAUUAGAAAUGGCUCGUGCUGAACAAUUAGCCCAACAAGCACAUAGCAACCGAAAAAUGAUGGACAUCUUCGGAAAAUAAAUGUGACGUACAUC